UGUGACGCCGCGGCCCGGCUGUUGCCAGACCAGCGGACGCUGUGCCCGCGGUUGCAAAAGGAUCCCUGGCGCUGCAGCUUCGGGAGGCGGCCCUCCCGAGAGCGGCGACUGCGGAGACACCCAGCCCUUACUCCCAGCUCCCGGGCCGCUCGGCUCCCCGUGCUCUAGGGCCGGCGGAGAGGGAAGCGGCGGAACAGCUUGAGGCUGGGGGCCCGCGGGCGCGGCCGCGUGCCGCGUGGAGGGAGGCUGGGGGGCCGGGGCCGGGGCCGCGCCCCGGAGCGCGUCCGAGGCCGGGGCCGGGGCGCGGCGACUCCUCGCGCGGCUCCAGGGGCUCGGGGACCCCGGCAGGGCGCUGUCGGGGCCAUGGCAGCCGGGAGCAUCACCACGCUGCCCGCCCUGCCGGAGGACGGCGGCAGCGGCGCCUUCCCGCCCGGCCACUUCAAGGACCCCAAGCGGCUGUACUGCAAAAACGGGGGCUUCUUCCUGCGCAUCCACCCCGACGGCCGAGUGGACGGGGUCCGCGAGAAGAGCGACCCUCACGUCAAACUACAACUUCAAGCAGAAGAGAGAGGGGUUGUGUCUAUCAAAGGAGUGUGUGCGAACCGUUACCUUGCUAUGAAGGAAGAUGGAAGAUUACUGGCUUCUAAAUGUGUUACAGACGAGUGUUUCUUUUUUGAACGAUUGGAAUCUAAUAACUACAAUACUUACCGGUCAAGGAAAUACUCCAGUUGGAUUCUGUUGUAUCAAUCCAUCACCAUGAUAAAAGCUGAAGAAUGAGAAAUUAUGACAUACUCAUAAAGGUACUGCAGCUUGGAGCCAGUAUACCUCAUACUCUUCAUUCAUAAAACAAGUUUAUGGACCUUUACUGGUGUGCUUUGUGACCCACUCAUUUCCUGCACAAGAGCUUCUUAAAGAAUGUGUCACUUCCCAACUAUGCUAGGUUGGAGCCCAGUAGCAUGGUUCCCAGAGUUUCCACAGACUUGAUUAUGUGGGAACAGAAUUGAGGCUUACCACCCUUCUGUGUCUGGCUCAGACUUGAGAUUAAUUUAUAAAGCAUAUUAUGUUUUACUUUUUUAAUGUAGAAAUAUAUCUCUAAGAAUAUCUCAACAUUAAAUGUACUGUCUUUGGGGUUCCAUUUUGAAAUUGUUCCAGAAGCAAUGUUUCCACAAAAACUAUGCAGUCUUUUGUCUGCUAGUAUAUUAAA